UCCAAUUAUCUCCUUCCAGUAAACGACUGCAGAGACUGCCUGAAACCCGAACAGAGUCAGAGGCGUAGAGAAGAGAAAUAACAGAAGCCAGAGAGAUGGGGGUGACAAAAGAACAAAUUGAAGCUUCUUUGACUUUGAAAAUGAACCCUGCACAUCUUGAAGUUAUCGAUACAUCUGGAGGUUGUGGAGCAAGUUUUGCGAUUGAGAUUGUGUCAGAACAAUUUGAAGGGAAGAGAUUGUUGGAGAGGCAUCGACUGGUGAAUGCUGCAGUUGAAGAGGAGAUGAAGCAAAUCCAUGCACUUUCAAUAACAAAAGCUCAGACUCCGGACCAGUGGAAGAAACAGCAGGAGUCCGAAACACCUAAACCCGCUGCUUGAAAACAUUCCUUUUAGGUUGUGUGAACAAAUGAGGCAUUUAUGAACCUUGUAAGCCACUCAGUUUGGAAGUUGGUUUUAAACUUGUAAAAGUUUUAUAUAAACAACAAGAUGGUCAUCUUAUUAGUUUCUAUUGAAUAUUGAGAAAUGUGAAAUUUGGUUGAAGUUGUGACUGAA